AAGCAGAAGAGUAUUAAAUUCCCACGAGAACCACGAUUGGAGGAGCUAAGGGCGAAAGGACUAUGGCGUCCAUGGCAGCAACAAGAAGCUUCGCCUUCUGCCUCUCCUCCAGAUGCCCCAACACCAAAUCUGCCCAAUCCCAAUCAUUUGUACACCUCAAUUUCAGGCUGAUGAAACAAAAUCAUCGGAAACUCAACCUUGUAAAAGCCUCAGCGCCUGGAUUGUACUCUGCCGACCAGUUCGACCUCACCUCAGAGAACGUAGACAAGGUGCUAGAUAACGUCCGUCCUUACCUCAUAGCUGACGGUGGAAACGUCGAUGUUGUAUCGGUUGAAGACGGAGUCGUGUCGCUCAAGCUCCAAGGAGCGUGUGGAAACUGUCCAAGCUCAUCAACAACCAUGACAAUGGGAAUUGAAAGAGUUCUCAAGGAAAAAUUUGGAGAUGCCAUCAAGGAUAUACGUCAAGUAUAUGAUGCGCAAAUACUUGAGACUACUGUUGAGGCAGUGAACAGCCAUCUAGACAUCCUAAGACCAGCCAUUAAAAACUAUGGUGGGAGUGUAGAAGUGUUAUCUCUUGUGGAUGGGGACUGCCUCGUAAAGUAUGUUGGACCUGAUUCUAUUGGAUCAGGAAUCAAAGCAGCCAUCAAGGAGAGAUUUCCAGACAUCGCCAAUAUUGAGUUCACCAACUAGCUGCUUUUGGAUGGUUAAUUUAGCAUAUGGAACUUUAUUUAGCUAAGAUGGAGGUUCUCUACAUGAAAUGAAGUGAUGGUGUUAGGUUAGGCGUGCAAAUUUCAUGUACAUACAAUGUAUUUACGCCGUGAAAGUUCGCUGGUAUCCCUUUGCUGCCAUUGCUUGCUGAAUGUAUAGUUGCGAUGCUGGUCAUUCCCUAAAAUAUGAUGUAUACACGCACAAAUAAUCGGUGAGGUGGGUUUGUAUUCCAUCCCUCCGCUUUUGUUUAUUUAGAUGUCAGGGUACAAGUUUACUGCUUUAAUGUACAAUCCAAGUGAUUCCAUGGACCUAUCCACAGUCUUCUUUGCUGCA